GGACCUCGUUCCCUCCUGUGGGUUUCCCUCUCUGUGACGGAGGAAGCGAUUUCGGACGGGGCUGAGAGCGAGGAGCGACGGGAGGCAGCCGGUGUCUGUCUGUCUGUGUGUGUGACACCCUCCUCUUCCGGCAAUGGACGUCGACCGGCUCCAGGAGGCUCUGAAAGAUUUUGAAAAAAGAGGAAAGAAGGAAGUUUCUCCUGAACUCGACCAGUUUCUGUGUCAUGUUGCAAAAACUGGAGAGACCGUGGUCCAGUGGCCACAAUUCAAAGAGUACUUCGUAUUUAAACUGGAGAUGGUAAUGGAUGAUUUUCGCACUUCUGCUCCUGAACAAAGAGGAUCCCCGAAUCCAAAUGUGGAAUAUAUUCCUUUUGAUGAGAUGAAGCAAAGAAUACUGAAGAUUGUCACUGGCUUUAAUGGCACUCCUUUUACUAUUCAGCGGCUCUGUGAGUUACUGACGGACCCACGAAAGAAUUACAACGGCACGGACAAGUUUCUUAGAGGAGUGGAAAAGAAUAUCAUGGUUGUGAGCUGUGUAUACCCUUCUUCUGAGAAAAACAAUUCUACUAGUCUGAACCGCAUGAAUGGCGUUAUGUUUCCAAGUAACUCCCAGAGUUACACAGACAGGUCAAACGUUAAUGGUCCUGGAACCCCAAGACCAAUGAUUCGGCCAAAAUUCUCCUUGUCAAGCCCAAUGAACACAAAUGGUUUGCCUGACAGUACGGAAAAUAAAGAGUCGGACUUGCAGCAGAAAGAGAAGAGUCAGAGUGAUUCUGCCGUGUCUGAUGAUGGAUCACAAGCAACCACUUCAAGAAAUAAGCACUCGGCUGAGGACUCGGCAGAGGUUGAGGAACACGAAGUGAAGAGACUAAAAUUCGACCCGGACGAGGAGGAGGAAGCUGCCUGUGCUAAUCCAGACGCAUCUAGUGAGGUCUCCACAGAAAUGGCAGAGGAAGCAGAAUCUGCAUCUACAAGUGCGGAUAAAGGGAAAGAAAGCUGUCAAACAGCACAGGCUUCUGAUGAAGAGUCUUUAAUGACAGCGAGUGAAUCGACGGAGGCAGAAAGCAACGAGAGAGACAGUGAGAACGUGAGUGUGACGGAAGAAUCCUCAGAGGAGAGUCAUCACAUGGACCAAUCGGAAGAGUCCGAAUCAGCCUGUUCUCUGACCAGUGACGAGCACAACUCUACUGCGGCAGCAACAACGAGCACUGAGGAUGCCGACCCCAGCGAGGAGGAACAUCUGGCAACUUCUAGUGGGAAGUCCACUGAAACCCUUACAUUGUCUCCUAUGGAAAACAGUGAAGAGGCCACCGAUGCUCCAGAGGAACCAAUGGAACAAGACUAACCCCCGACACACCAGUAUUUUCCACACACUUCUGUUUUUACACUGUAUAAAAAAAUUUUAUGUACAAAAACAAAAAAAAGGACCUUUUAGUUUUUUCAAAAGGCAAGUAAACCACAAACUCCUGGAAUAAAAACAAAAAAAAA